AUGUUCAUAAAAUCCGACUUUUAUCCUCUUCUUAGAGUUACAGUUUUCAGUACAAAGAAGCAGCCAUACUGUAAUUUCCAAGUAGCUUCGAUGGGAAUGACCUCUUUCACAAUAGCAAACAAUAUUCCACCAGGAAAUUUGACUUCUAGUACUGCAAGCUCUUAUUGCAUCUUCUAUUCAUAUCCAUAUGAAGGAAUAAAUGGUACAUUAGUCAAUACUGGCAAGAAAUUCAAGACAAGAUUGUAUGAUGUAGAAUCCAAGACAACAACUGAUCUCCAGCAGCCAGUAAUGUUAUAUUUAUAUGGAAAAUCAUCAUCUGUUAAGACUUUCCAAGUUGGAAUUAAUUAUGACUACUAUGAUUCACAGAAUUUCCAUAAUGGAGUAAUUAGUCAGACAUUGAAUCCAUUCCUUGUUACAAUAGGUGUCUAUGCUCCAAUUGCAUGGAUCACUAUAUCAGUUGUUGUCUUCUUAAUCAUUGUUGCUGUUGUAAUUGGUGUUGUUUAUUACAAAAGAAAGAAGAAGACAAAGGGCUACUCAGAAAUAUCUGAAGCAGAUCCAUUGUCACUCUAA